UUGACAUUAUAAAAAUAAAAUGCAUGUUAAAAUCACACACUGUCAUAACAUUCUAUGUCAACAUUCCUUAACGACCUAUAUACACUGUUUCCUCACUAUGUAACACUCAAGAAUCUAUGUGUUUUUCAUCAAUUGCUUCUAUACAAUUAUAAAUGAGAAAUGUUGAACAAUAUCUUUGUUUUUUUUUCCUAGAGAUUAUCGAAGUAGCAGUAAUGAAACAUAGCAGAACUGGACCACCACAAACCCUCACCAGAUGUUUCCAAACGCAGGAAUGGCAGGCCAAUUGUUCUUAACUAAUGCAGAAUUGAGAAUACUACACCCCAAAUGAAUUAAAAAUAAGUUUCCAGAGCAACGGACUGCAUAAAAUACAAAAUUUAUAGAGGGCAUAAUUCAAACCGGAGCCACGGGGCAAUCUCAGCUACAGUGCAGCUAAUCAAUGGAUCCCAUCUCUGUAUUAGAAAAUUCGAGACACAAAGCCAAAAUUUUGAAAAUGGUGCGAUGAAGUCGUGGUCAAAGACCGAGCAAAACGAACCCUAAUUCCGUCUUCUUCCUCCCCUUUCUUCCCUUAAUCCCAUCUCCCUCUCUCUUUCUCAAUUGAUAAACCCGAUCGCGAGAUCAUCGAUUCAAUUUCUCCGAUCACCGAUUAGAGUCCCUGAUAUUUUUUCCUAACGCGGCCGUCGGCGAUGAAUCUUGGUGGCCGGAAAAGGAGGCGGAAGUUCUGUCUCCCGUCCUGCUUCUCAGCUCCGUCCGUAUGGGAUCCCGACGAAUUGGAGUUUGCGCAGGAUGGGUUGCAGAUAGCUUACUUGACGCGUCUUCGUGGCCGGAGCAGGACGGUUCCGGUGGUGGAGAUUGCCGGAGAUGAAGGAGAGGAAUACCUGGAGGUGCGCUCGCCUGCCGGAAAUCAGGGGAAGGGAUUAGGGCAGAUCUUUCGUAGGAAGGUGAAAAAUACCAAAGCUACAGCCCAAAACGCAACCCACUCGCCACGAUCAACCCGGGCCCACAUCCAGCAAUCCAUCUUCUGCCACGUGUCGACCAAUUACCAACGCCGGCGGCUUCGGCGGCCCCGCCUCCCGGGGACGGCGAAGGAGGUGGAUUUGGAUUCGUCGGAGUAUAAGAGGAAGGUGGUGCUUAUGGGCUUGCUUGAAAGAAACAGGUAUGGCAUUUCAGGGACCAAUGGCCUCUCCGGCAACGGCUAG